AUGCGGGUGAGCUGUAAUGGAUGCAGAGUUCUUCGAAAAGGGUGUAGUGAGGAUUGUAGUAUAAGACCGUGUUUGGCUUGGAUCAAAUCGCCUGAAGCGCAAGCAAACGCAACCGUGUUUCUCGCUAAGUUCUAUGGUCGUGCCGGACUUAUGAACCUCAUCAACGCCGGUCCUGAUCAUCUUCGUCCUGGGAUUUUCCGAUCGUUGUUGCACGAAGCUUGUGGGAGGAUUGUGAAUCCGAUCUAUGGUUCGGUGGGUUUGUUAUGGUCGGGAAAUUGGCAGCUUUGUCAAGCCGCCGUUGAAGCGGUGAUGAAAGGUGAACCGAUCAAAGAAAUCGCCACAGACGCGGCGACGAACGGCCAAGGACCGCCGCUUAAGAUCUACGACAUCCGACAUAACUCUAAGGAUGAGAACUCCGCCGCAAAGGUGACCGGGUUAACCGAUCUGAAACGUGCGAAAACUCGCCGGACUAAACGUGUCUCCGCUUUCGCGAAACCGGCGGAAUCGGAGGGAAAAUCCGGUGACGGAGAGGCUAGUCAUGAGUCGUCGUUGAGUCACCAGUCUGAAAUUGUGGCUGCUGCUCAUGAAGGAGAUAGCAAGGAAUCGAAGAGCACUGUCUCGGAGGUCAUGGCAUUCUCGCCGCCGGCCGGCCAGGGCUCCUUCGGCGAGAUCAAGCUUGACUUAACUUUAGGGCUCGAGCCGGUGUCACGUGCGUAUGACGUGGUGCCUGUUAAGAAGAGAAAGAUCGGCGUGUUUGCCACGUGUGAGAAGGAGAGCAAGUGUAAGACUGAGCUGAUGCUCUGA